UCAAACCCCAGUACCCCAAAAAGUAAUUUAAAAAUAAAAAUAAAAACAGCAAUGCAAGGUCAGCACCGCCUACCACCACUCGCCCGGGCCUUCCGUCGCGUCCCUAAAUCCCGAAACAAACAUGGCUGCCGGCGGAGCGGAAGCGCUUCCGCCCCCAUCCAAGAUGGCGGCUCAGGGGGCGGGGCUGGCGGGCGGAAGUGGCCGGCGGGCUGCUGCUUCGUACACCAUGGCAGCCGCGACGUCUUCCCCCUCGCUGAAGCGGCUGGAUGUGCGCGACCCUGCGGCGCUUUUCCAGACUCAUGGGGCGGAAGAGAUCCGCGGGUUGGAGCGGCAGGUUCGGGCCGAGAUCGAGCACAAGAAGGAGGAGCUGCGGCAGAUGGUGGGCGAGCGGUACCGCGACCUGAUCGAGGCGGCCGAUACCAUCGGCCAGAUGCGCCGCUGCGCCGAGGGGCUGGUGGACGCCGUGAGGGCCACGGACCAGUACUGCGCCCGGCUCCGCCAGGUCGGCUUGGCCGCGGCCCCGGCCCCGGCCCCGCAGCCACAGCUGCCAUCCCAGGAGAAGUUCUACUGCAUGGCUGCCCAGAUCAAGCUACUUUUAGAGAUUCCUGAGAAGAUCUGGAGCUCCAUGGAAGCCUCCCAGUACCUCCAUGCCACGCAGCUCUACCUGCUUUGCUCCCUUCACUCCCUGCUCCAACUGGAUUCUUCUAGUUCCCGACACAGCCCUAUCCUCUCUCGGUUUCCUAUACUCAUCCGGCGUGCCGCUGCCAGCCACUUCCAGUCAACCAUUUUGCAUGAAAGCAAGAUGCUGCUCAAAUGUCAAGCUGUGUCUGACCAAGCUGUGGCCGAGGCUCUCUGCUCUAUAAUGCUUUAGAGGAGUUCUCCCCGCCAAGCUCUCACUGACUUCCUGUUGGCCAGAAAGGCAACUAUUCAGAAACUUCUCAACCAGCCGGACCAUGGUACUGGCAUCAAGGCCCAGAUCUGCUCAUUAGUGGAGUUGCUGGCCACCACUCUGAACCAAGCUCAUGCCCUUUUUUACACUUUACCGGAAGGUCUGCUGCCAGAUCCAUCCCUGCCCUGUGGCUUGCUCUUCUCUACUCUGGAGACUGUCACAAGCCAGCAUCCUACUGGAAAGGGCAUCAGUAUCCUGCAAGGGGAGAUGAAGCUCUGCGGCUGGUUCAGACACCUUCCUGCAUCCAUCACUGAGUUCCAGCCAGCGCUCCGAACCCUCGCACAUCCCAUCAGCCAGGAAUACCUGAGAGACACACUACAGAAAUGGAUCCACAUGUGUAAUGAGGACAUUAAAAAUGGAAUCACUAAUCUGCUUAUGUACGUGAAGAGCAUGAAAGGUCUUGCAGGGAUCCGAGAUUCCAUGUGGGAGUUGCUUACCAAUGAGUCUGCCAGUCACAGCUGGGAGGUGGUGUGUCGGCGGCUUCUGGAGAAGCCACUGUUGUUCUGGGAGGACAUGAUGCAGCCACUGUUCCUGGACAGGUUACAGACUCUGACAAAAGAAGGCUUUGAAUCCAUCUCCAGUAGCUCCAAAGAGCUUCUGGUCUCAGCUUUACAGGAACUUGAGAACAGCACCAGCAACUCAUCAAAUAAGCACAUCCACUUCGAGCAGAAUCUGUCUCUCUUCCUCUGGUCUGAGAGUCCCAGUGAUCUGCCUUCUGAUGCUGCCUGGGUCAGUGUGGCAAACCGGGGUCACUUUGCCAAUAGUGGCCUCUCCAUGAAAGCCCAAGCAAUUAGCCCUUGUGUACAGAACUUCUGUUCCGCCCUGGAUUCCAAACUGAAGGUUAAGUUGGAUGACCUCCUGGCUUACCUUCCCUCUGAUGAUGCUCCACUACCCAAGGAUGCCGCCCCUGUGCAGCAGACCAAGAACUCGGCCUUUGACAGAUUUGCUGAUGCUGGGACUGUGCAGGAUAUGCUGCGGACUCACUCUGUGGCCUGCAUCAAGCACAUCAUAGACUGCAUCCAGGCCGAGUUGCAGAGCAUCAAAGAAGUUGGGCAAGGCCAGCAGGAUGUCCUCCGGGGCACCAAGCUGCAUGCAGUGCUUUUCAUGGCCAGGCUUUGCCAGUCCCUGGGAGAACUGUGCCCUCAUCUGAAGCAGUGUAUUGUGGGAAAGCCUGGAAGCUCUGAGAAACCAGCAAGGGAGGCUAGGGCCCCAAAAAAACAGGGAAAAGGGACAGCUCAGGAAAUCCUUCCUGGGCAGGCCAAGUGGCAGGAAGUGAAGGAAGUCCUCCUCCAGCAGAGUGUGGUGGGCUACCAGGUCUGGAGCUCAGCGGUUGUGAAAGUUCUGAUUCAUGGAUUCACCCAGUCACUGCUUUUAGAUGAUGCUGGCUCUGUCCUGGCGAUGGCUACCAGUUGGGAUGAACUAGAAAUUCAGGAGGAGACAGAGUCUGGCAGCAGUGUCACAUCUACUAUCCGACUCCCUACACAGCCAUCGUGGUACGUCCAGUCCUUCCUGUUUAGCUUGUGCCAGGAAAUUAAUCGGGUUGGAGGCCAGGCCUUGCUAAAAGUGACACUGCAGGAGAUGCUGAAAAGCUGCCUAGUUCAAGUAGUAGCUGCCUAUGAGAAGCUGUCAGAAGAAAAACAGAUCAAGAAAGAAGGUGCAUUUCCCAUGACCCAGAAUCGGGCCCUACAACUCCUCUAUGACCUGCGCUACCUCAGCAUUGUUCUGACAACGAAGGUGGAGGAGAAGACCAGCAGGAGCAAACCAGACUCCAGAAUUGAGAAAGUGACUGACUACCUGGAAGCUCUCAUUGAUCCAUUUGACCUGGAUGUUUUCACACCCCACCUCAACAGCAACCUUAAUCGCCUGGUGCAGCGAACUUCCGUUCUGUUUGGAUUGGUUACGGGUACAGAGAAUCAGUUCACCCCCCGGACCAACACAUUCAACUCCCAGGAACCCCAUAACACACUGCCACUAGCCUCCAGUCAGAUCAGGUUUGGACUCCUUCCACUGAGCAUGACAAGCACGAAAAAGGCUAAGUCAACCAGCAGAGGUGUUGAAACACAAGCCCAGGUUGGCCCCCCAGCACUCUCCAGAGCAGGUGACCCGGCACAUCCUGGCUCCUUGUUCAGACAGCUCAUCAGCGAGGAAGAUGACUCUAAUGCGCCUUCAUUAUUCAAACUUGGCUGGCUCUCUAGUAUGACUAAGUAACAUGGAAAAACACCCAUACUCUAAAUAAAUACUACUGCAUUGUUUUUCCUAAA